AUGGAUUAUGCAGAAUUAUCACGGAUUAUUCAUAAUAAUCAUCGAAUACGUCAGAUAGUACAACGAGCGACGAAUAAUUUCUUGUCAUUGCAAAAUGAUCUAUUACAAAACUUAGUAAAUGAAAAAUUCGAUCCAACAGUCGAACAGAAAUCAAAACCACUGAUUGACACAUUGAAAAUUCGUUCACUAAGCGAACAGAUUACUGCUGAUAGAGUGCAGUUGGCACUGGUCGGUGAAAACUCUUGUGGGAAAACAUCAUUAAUCCAUUUACUUUUGCGAUCCAGUCCAAUUCUUCCUUCGGACGUUGGAUCAAUUAGUGCACGUAUUAUUCGUCUAACUUACGCGACUGAUGAAGAAGCAUGUUUGAACGUAUAUGAAUCGAUAAAUAAACGAGGUGAAAAUCCUUGCGAACAUAUUAGUUUGAAGGAUUGUUUCACGGAAUCUGAGCCGGACUGGAAUGCAGUGAAAUUGAAAAUAAAAUUACACGUCGAACGACCGGAUCCAGAAAGAAAGAGCGUAGAAUCAACUGCGUUCCAAGAAUGGGCAAAAAAGUUUGUUGAAAUUUGCAUACCAUCGGAUUUUCUCAAAUUAGGAAUCGAUUUAUAUGAUACACCAGGUUUACUUUAUUCGGAUCCACCAAUCUUAAAACGAAACUUACACAAUCUAGUUACACUUAUUCGACCAACUGUUGUUUUUAUGUAUGAAAAUUCUGCAGUUUCGAUUGAUACACAAGACUGCUUUUUAGCUUUAAAAGAGGCACUUGGCAAACAAUUGGACGAUGUCAGCAUAUUUUUUUUAAAUACUAAAGUUGACAUUGGUUCAAUAAUUCCUGACGACAUGGAGAUUACUGAAGAAGAAUUUGAAACAACAAAGUUAGUCGAAGCGCGGACAGAACGCAAGGAACUUCUAUUGAAAGUGCCUAGUAUGGCUCAAGAGAUAAAUGCUGGUAGUGAGUUCGAUAUUAUUGCUGUAGAAUCAGAAUGGGAUCUAUUAGGAGCGAAAAUGAAUCACUUAACCGUUAAUCAUCUUAUACAAUUUGUUGCUAAUGCUGACUUAAUUGUAGCGAAAAAUAUCACUAAGCUAAUUCAGCCUAUCAUAGAUUCGUUUUUUGAAUUCGCCUUUGUAGCAAAUCAUAGAACGCAUGAUAGACUUAAAGAACUACAUUCAAAUGCUCUUCAAUGGGUCGAAAAUUAUUUUCUUGAACAUCAAAACUACAUAGAUCAAGCUUUGAGAGAAUUAUAUGAUGUUAUUAUUAGAAAAUUAAAUGAAAAAUUGGAUAGUAUAGUACGACGAGCAGCAGACAAAGGAAAUGUCGAAAGCAUCGAAAAAUACAUUAGAACUUUAGUACAAUAUGAAAUUAUUCGUGAUGAUGUCGACGAAUUUGUAAAAUUUUAUGCGUGUAAAUCAUUACUGAGAGUUGUACUAGAUGAAUCGCUUUUGAAUAAUGCGGAUACAAAUGAAUUUUUAGUUUCUACUCAACAAAGUGUUUUUACACAGUUGCUCGAUACUGACGAUGAAACUACUUGUCAAUUGUUUCUUUUCGAUACUCUGUUGACGUCUUUCAUCUUAAUUGGUGAUAUACUAAUCGAAACAGAUGAAGAAGAUGAUCAACCAAAACCGAAACAGAAAAAGUCACAACCAAAUCAAUUAAAAACCAGAUUAAGACAAUGUGUAAUCAAAAAAACCAAUUGGUCUAAACAGAUGGAUCCAAAAGAUAUAGCUCAGCAAUAUUUAAACAAUAUAAGGGCAGGAUUAAUAAGUCAAAAGAAUCUCUUCAAUCAAAUAAUUGAGGAACUAUUAGAAGUAAAGAAGAAUGAAUUGAGACAAAAAAUUGAGCAACAAUGUCAAAUAGCAAAAAAAUUUAUACCACAACGAGAACGAGCUUACGAUUUAGCAAAUCAAUAUGCUGAACAUUUUGCAUGUGUUGAAUGUAAAUUAAUAGUUGCACAUAAUUUAAAGAAUUUCAAUGGACAUAUUCCGAAACUAAAUACUACAGAACCAAUCAUUUUCGAUGAAAACAAUAAUUAUUGUGAAUUUUAUUCAGCUGAAUGGCUCGAUAAAAAAGAUUUAAUUGUUAAAAAAUUCAAAACAUGUAUCUCUAAUUUACAAUAUUUAGAAUCGCAUUAUCACCGAAAAGUAACACAGUUAAAUAGUUCAUGUUUUCUCUCCUUAUCAUAUCUUUAUGAACACGAAGAAAACGAAUUAUGGAUGAUCUUUCCAAAAUAUGAAUGCAUCGAAAAGAGUAUUGAAUCACUAGCAAUAAAAAAUAUUUUUAAAAUUAUCUUUACAGUUGCUAUUUGUCUUGAAAAAAUGCAUGCUAAUGAACUUGUACAUGGAAACAUUGAUGUCAAAAAUAUUUUUUGCAAAGAAGGUGAAAAAUAUUUACUAGGUGAUUUUUAUUUGAAACAAACAUAUGAUACACUUCUUGAUUUUGUUCAUCGACAUUCAAUUAACAAGACUCUCACAGCAGCAACCGAUGAUAUUUAUUCUCUUGGUCAGCUUGGCUUAUUUCUUUACGAAAAAUCGAAAGUCAAUCACAAUGAAGAUGAUUUGAAAGCAUUUAAACCAUUGAAAACUUUACUAGAAGAUUGUUCAAACGAAGAUCCACUCAAUCGACCUAAAAUAUCCAAUGUUGUACGCAAGAUCAAUGAUUUAAUGCUAACGAAGUGA